UUUCUCACAUUUGGGUGAGGCAUUAUUCAUUGUUGGGUGUCACGAAAAGAGCAGAGAAAAUUGUGUGAAAUCGUGCAAAAGCAAAAAGAGCAUUAAGUGAAAAUGAAGUUAAUUAAACGAGGCUGGUUCUAUCUCACUGUUCUCCUCGUGCUCCUCAGCGUAUUCAUGGAGGAGACAGAGGCCAGAAGGAGGGUGCUUCGAGGACGUCGCGUCAUGACACGCAGCUAUAAACGUGGACUUCCCAUUCCCGCCUGGGCCAUAAUCGUGGCAGUGGCGCUGGCAAAUCUGAUAGUGGGUGGUAUCCUCUAUGCCGUCAUGUACAGAUUGGUAUUAUCCAAGAAUGCCUCCAGCCAGAACUCCUACACACCAGCAAUGACCAUCGACGAGCCAUAGACGUGUGCCAUCGCAUCAUAAUAGCUAAGAUUAUACCGCCUAAUUGAAUACCAAAAUCACUACCUGUCUAAUUGUACUAAUAAGCCACGAAAUAACGUUAAACAGUCUUCUGUUUUUCCACAUCACUUAAGUAAAACAUUUAACACAAGUGUAAAUUAUCUCGUUUUAUGAACAAAUUCAUUGGAUUGUGCCAUUCAUAUCGACACUAUAUAAUACAGGAUGCUUGAAGAUAAGUCUCGCUAAUAGAAGCCACU